CAUCAUGUGACACGUGUCAAAUCCUUCAUUUUCACCAGACCCUGUUUGUUUGCUUCUUACUCUCAGCUCAAAUAUCAUCAUUUCUCUCUUCCAAGUUUCUGUCUUUCUUCCAUUUCCUUCUUCUUCAUCGAGUGUGUGAGCUGUUCAGUGUUGUUUUUGGACCGAAUUGCCCCUCCUCAGAGACUAUUGCUUGAACUGAAAUGCAUUGAAUUGAACAUCCUUCCCACUAUGGAGUGCAUCUCCUGCGUUUGACGGUUUGAGUUUCUUUGGUUUCAGCUGCUAUGAGGGUUGGCCAACUUUUUGCUAGUGUUGAAGGUGACAUCCUCAUCCUCAUCCAUAUCAAAAACCACUGAUCAGCAAAUCCCCCAAGUGGCACCGCCACACAGCCUCACGCACAACCUCUAGUACAAGCUUUUGCUGUCGCUUGAGGUGCACACGCUGUCCCCGCUUCUUUUGUUGUGGUCAACGACUCCUCCAAAUUCUGUCUUUCCCUAUUUUGACUAUGGGAUAUGUUGGUCGUGAUAUCUUGGUCGGCGUCCCCUGCUUGUUGCGGAACAUAGGCAGUUGCUGGUGACUCCUAUUCUCGGUUGACAGCUUGUUUGGACUUGUUGCUAGUUUCGAUCGCGUGGUUAGUCCUAAUUGAAGUGCUUUUAGGGUCAUAUUGGGUGAAAGAAAAUGAUUCUUACAAAGCAGUACAGAUGCGUACACUCAGCUAGCUGCCACUGCACUAAGGGGCAUUUAAGUGAAGAUGUGAUAUUCCUGGUGUUUCACCAUUUGAAUUGGAACCCCAAGCUUAUAGCUGCUCUGUCAUGUGUGUGCAAAUGGUUUGAUGACCUUGCCAAGCGAGUUCUUUGGAAAGAGUUUUGUCUAACCAGGGCUCCUAAGAUGAUGCUUGAUCUGCAUUCUAGUAGGAGUCACAGUGUUGAUGGGAGCUGGAGGGCCCUAGGGAAGCUGCUGAUAUAUUGUUCUGGAUGCAAGAAAGGUGGCUUAUUCAACAAUGUUCAGGUCCCUGGUCAUUUUGUUCAUCGGACCCGAUUUUCUAAAACAUCAGGAAAGAGCUUUCUUUUGCCACAAUGCACGAAUGAUAUUCUAUAUGUGUCUGAUCCUUGUGAGCAUCUUGACCAAGGCGAAGAAGGAGAUUUAGGAUUCUUCCGUGGGAUUUUCAAGUCAUUCGCAACAUCGAAUGUUAGGAGGAUGCUUAUUAACAAAGGUGCCCAGCUUCAUCCAACAGAAGUUUGCCCUUAUUGUAAAGCCAAGUUAUGGAGCAUGCUACUGGCCAAUAUGAUCCCAAAAAGUGCUAGUUGCAGGUUGGGUUCAUAUGAAGAAUGUGUUGAAUAUUACGUGUGCCUUAAUGGUCACAUGCUUGGGAUCUGCACCCUGUUACCACUGUCUGAUUCAGAAGAGGCGUCUGAGAAGGAGUAAGAUAUUCAUAAUUUCCAGAUUGGCAUUCAGUCUUCACAUGAAGUUUAGUUGAACACAUUGCUAGCAUGCGCAUGGGUAAAAAUUUGUGCUUAGCAGCAGCUGAAAUCUAAACCAUUAUGCUUGAUAUUGAUGUCUCAACCCAUGACAGCAUUUUUUACCUAGGACAAUAUUUUACAACAUUUUUUCUUAAUGAAUCUGAUAGAGAUUGUAACUGUAAACUUUGUUAUACCAUGUAACCAUUUAUAUUGAUGUCUGGAUGUGUACCUGGGUGACAGAUUUGGUCGUACAAUAAUUCAUACUUGUUAAGAACCA